UAUUCAACUAGCUGUCAGACAAAAACAUUUUUUAUUGCUAAUUCUUAGAGAGAAAUAAGACGGUCCAGCAUGGAUUUCGGGGCGCUGCUGCACAUUGCCAAGAAGAAGGUCGACGAGACCAAGGAACAGCAGCAGCUGGAUGGCAAGUUCUAUAACACUAAAUACUCGCCGCCCAAGAAGGUGAGCAAGGAAAGUAAACAACUUUCCAACAACAUCCAGAAGUUCCUCAAGAAGAAGGAAGCCGAGGAGGCGGAGAAGCGGCGCGAGAAGAACCAAAAGGUUGCCGAACUGAUGGCCAAGCGCGAUGAGAAGUCAAAGAAUAAGAUUCGCAAGAUGCUAAAGGUGACCAAGUCGGCCAACAAGUCAGUGCUAAACGAUUGCAGUGGCACCGGCGCGGAGCACGAGACUGGCGAGGGCCAGGGUGAUGACUAUGGCUACACGUCCAACGAGGCGAAUGCCCUGUACGAGAAGUACCUUGCGAAGGUGCAGCAUGUAGAGGAUAAUAAGAGCUUUGCUCCCAGCCGACCGCAGUCGCUGCGCGACCUCUCCGGCACCAAAGAGCGUGUCAAGGCAGCCAUCGAUCGGGAGCGCCAGGACGCCGAGUCACACACACGUGCAAAGCGCGGCACAAACACUAAUAGCAGCAGCAGCAGCACCGGCACAUCCAAGCCAGCUUCCGGCUCCGGCUCCGGCUCCACCAAGUCCCAAUUGCUUCGUGCCUCCUCGAAGACCCUGUACGAUCCCGAGGCGGAAAAGCGUGAAGAGGAGAACAAGAAACGCCUGGCCGAACAGCAGAACCGAGCAAAGCUGAAGCGUGUAGCUCAGGCGCCGCCCAUGGACUUUCAGGCUCUGCUCCGUCUGGCCGAAAAGAAGCAGCACGAGCCGGUGGUCUUUGCUCAGCCAGAGAAGAAGAAGGAACCAGAGAGGCUGCUCUCCGCCAAAGAGAAGCGCGAAGCGGAGGAGCGACAGCGUUACAGAGAAGAGCGUGCACAGCGCGACAAGUUGCGUGAGAGCGGCGGCGAGAACAAGCCAAAGCCAAGCCAGGGACCCAACCGUAUGGAGCCCAACGGACGCAUACCGAAGCUAUGUCCGACAAAGACCUCACCAGCCAGCACCGAUGCUAAAGCCAAAGCGCCGAUCGCUACCUUCAAGCGGCCCGCCCCUCUACCAGCUAAAGCCUCAAGCUCCAGCGCCAGCUCAAACCCAAGCGCCUCCCAAAGUUCCCAUUCCCCUUCUAGCAAUCGUAAUCCUGUAGCAAGUACAAAGCUCUCCAGCAGCAGCAGCAGCAAUAAUAGUAAGACAGUCGCUUCCGUGGGAUCCAAGCCUGCGGCUCAAGCGCAAAAGCCCAGCUCCAGUGGCAGUAGCUCCAAGAUGCCGCCACUCUCUCGCAAUCCCUAUGCUGCGGCCGUUAAGAACGGGGCUGUGCGCGAAUUUCCGCCCAGAGAUCGUCCUGCGGGGUCGGGAACUUUGGCUAAGAAACCAAAAAUAGCGCCUGUGGAUGCCAAAGGCAGGCCGGGCAAACAACAGCCAAGUGGCAAUAAAAGACGCAUUUGCGACGAUGAUUCCGAAUACGAUUCCGAGCUUGACGACUUUAUUGACGACGGCGACUGCGAGGAGGAUAUAUCUUCGCACAUUCGCAGUAUCUUUGGCUAUGAUAGGCGGCGUUAUAAGGAUCAAGACGACGAUGACCGCGAUAUGGAGUCUAGUUUCGCACAAAUGCAACGCGAAGAGCUUAUAAGCCAAAAGCUGGGCCUGCAAGAAGAUCUCGAAGACAUGCGCAAGGAGGCGAUGCACAAAAAGCAAAAAAUGGCCAGAAAGCGAAGCAAACGCCUCGACGAUGAUUCCGAUGAUGACUAGAUGACCACCUUUUCCACAUGUAAAUCUCAAACAAGAAACCUUAAUCCAAUUGCGAACUGUGCGGCGUUAUCUCAACUGGCGAAUGGCCGUCGCCAGUGGGUAUGCACCAGAUCGACGCUGAAUCAGCAGGACCUGUGCCUUGUGCCUGUUGACGUUAUUUUACACCCGGAAAUGAUAUUCAUUAUAAUUUGAAAUAAGUGUUUUGGUAUAAGGACACGCCCAGGACAGGCGAGGGCAACCACAGAGCACACAAUCCAGGUACAUACUCAUACAUAUUUUAUCAUACCUAAUUUCAUUUGGAAUUCGAUGAAACGCAAACCAAUGCCACACAUACACUCUAUUAAGGCAGGGCAAAUGACCUGCAGGUCUACGAACCCGCAAAAUAAUAUAAUUUGUGGCCUUGACUUGCGUGCAUUUGUGAUUUGCAUUUCCCCCGUCUCACUCUACAAAAGCCUGUUUACACUCCCAGGUUUAUUCAUAUAUAAUAUAAUAUAUAUUUAUAUCAUAUAUAAUAACACCUGGGAGUUUGUAAUCCCUUAUACCAAAAUACCGGACAUCACUUAUUCCAACAGACAUACAGACACCCUUUGGUUAGACCCGAAAAUGCUUUAUUUAUACAAUAAAUUCAACGUCUCAAUAAACUUUUGCACAUUUUUUGUGGCACCUAUUAGUAGAGCUAAAAAAUU